AUGCUGAUCUCUGAAACUUCAAUUAAUACCAGUGCGAAGAAUCACUCUCCGUCACAAAUUCUUAUGAGUCAUUGUAAAGGAUCUCAAAAAUCGGCUGAAAAAACAAAGAUCACAAUUGAACUCAAAAAUUUACCAUUUGUUAGAUCAUUUAUUGACCAAGACUCAUGGGUUCCUCAGUACAUGCUAGAAGCUCAGAAAAUUAAAAAGAGGCACAAAGAGGCUAAUAAAAGGCGUCUAAAUCUCAAACAAGAGCUCAUAAACAUGGUAAAUGAUGAUUUGAUGGGAUAUUUCAGAAAUAAAGUUGCUGAAAAGAAAGCAAAUCAAAGAUGCCCAAGUAGUAUUUUAUCUAAUAUCAACUGGUAUUCUUCAGAGAGUAUUCCACUGAAUAAAGAAGAAGCAAUAAAGAUUAGAAGUAUCCAAGCAGAUAGAUUUGAUCCGAAUGAGGAGAGGCCCAGAGCAACUUCUUUUCAGGACCAACAGAGGUUGAAGCAGGAUCCGUUCUUUACCAAAAGGAGACUCAAAUAUUGCAGAGCUAAUAGGACGAGACAUUUGGAAAAAGAGGCCAAAAUCCAGAAAAGCUCAAGCAUAGAUGUCCUUUAUAGAAGAAGUCCUCAGAAAAAGGGCAGUAUAGCCAAAGGUGGCAUCCUUCAAUUGAAUUGUUCCCAAGAGAGAGGGCUAUAUUUUAAGAGCAAGAAAGAUCUGAAUAAUUCAAAAUCUUCCAAAUAUUUCAGAAAGCUAUCUCAGAAAAACUACCGUAUACAACCUAAAUUUGGUCGGACUCUUAGUAGGAAAGUGAUGCUGAAAAAUAUCAAAACUCUCAAAAAUGCUAAAAACUAA